GUCGCUGUAGUAGGCGGGUAACGGGAGACCGUGCCUUAGACCCGGAGGGUGGGAGCACCGUGCACACUCAGCCGGACAGUUUCACGCAGCCUUGGAAUGUGAGGAAGAGGGCGACAGCUGCGGCAGAAGUGGUGGCCAAGAUAUCGUUGUGGACGUACCUGUGGGAGGCGGAUCUCCUGGCCCUUUUCCGGCUACGCACCCACUUCUCCCCCGCCUCCUGGCUUUCCUGGAGCCCCUCGGAGAAAGAAGCCGCAGGAUUUUCAGGCAGAAGAUGGCCAAGGAAAGGAUCCUCAAAAAGUCCUUUCAAGAUAGUCUUGAAGAUAUAAAGAAACGCAUGAAAGAAAAAAGGAAUAAAAACUUGGCAGAGAUUGGGAAACGAAAGUCUUUUAUGGCUGCACCAUGCCAAAUAAUCACCAACACUUCUACACUGCUAAAAAACUACCAAGACAACAACAGAAUGUUAGUUUUAGCUUUGGAAAAUGAAAAAUCCAAAGUAAGAGAAGCCCAAGACAUCAUCCUACAGCUGAGAAAAGAAUGUUACUACCUCACAUGUCAGUUAUAUGCAUUGAAAGAAAAACUUACUGCACAACAAACAGAAGAAACUGCUCAGCAGAACCAUGAAGUAUAUCCUUGUGGAAUGGACUCCAAUAGUGACAACUCUGGGGAUUUAUUUGUGACGGAUUUACCGCAAGUUCCUCUUGAGGAAGAUCACCUUCCAGGACAAGGAGAAUCAUUCCAAAUGCAAGAGCAAAUACCUACUAUUCCUCAAGACAGACUAGGAUUUGAUUUGGAUUCAGGCGAAGAUAAAUCUACUGAUAAUGUUUUACCUAGAACUGUAUCUCUCCGUCGCAAUUUAAAGAAACAUUUUGAUGAUCUAUGCGAAUUCAGUACUUUGGAUAAUUUUGAAAUCAGUCAUUUAUCAGAACAGUCUUUUGAAUUGGAAACAAUUAGAUCUGUAGACCCACUAGUAAACAUGCAUGUGUCUGAAAAUGUCGGACAAAAUGUUUGUCAAUGGAACAAAGAUCAAAUUAACUUAUCACCAAAGCUGAUUCACCAAGGAAGAUCUAAAACAAAAGAAGACUUUUUAGAAUAUAAAUCUGAAGAAACUAGAAGUAAGUGUAGAGAUGCACAAAGAAGAAAAAGAGAAGAGAAAAGAAAAGCUAACAGGAGAAAAUUAAAAUCUGUAUCUAAGUAUAAAGAGAGAAAAAGUAAAAAUAAAAAAACAGUUUCCAAAAAGACGUUGGAUGAUUUUGUCACUUCUGGUGAUGAUGCUUACAAUUUUAAUUCAGAAGAGGGUGUUCACCUCACUCCUUUCCGACAAAAAAUGAGCAACGAUUCUAAAAGAGAAGAAAACAGCAGUGACUCCGAAGUGAGCAUCUGUGAAUCAAGUGAUUCAGGAGAUGAUUCUGAUGACCUCUAUUUGCCCACUUGCAAGUACAUUCAAGGUCUUUCCGAAUCAAAUAGGAGUCCAGUCACCAGGCCUCGAUCUAAAAGAACUCUAAAAUGUAGGAAUGAAAAAGAGACCGACGGUGUUCAGCCAACAGAAACUCCUACCAGUGCACUACCUGAAACUCACCAGUCACCUCAUUUUCGCCUGAGGGACAUCACCAAUGUCUCCUUGCAUCCUGUAGUGCAAAUCAGAAAACUUUCUCUACCUCCAAAAAAGAAUAAAGAAAGCCCAGCAGUGUCUCUGCCUAAGCGUAGGUGCACGGCUAGUGUGAACUACAAGGAACCCACGCUCAGUUCGAAACUGAGAAGAGGGGACCCUUUUACAGAUUUGUGUUUCUUGAAUUCGCCUGUUUUCAAACGAAAAAAGGAUUCCAGACGCAGUUCUAAAAAAAAAGUAUGAAGCAAAUAGUAUGCAAAAAGUAUGAAGCAGUUGUCGGAUGCUGUUUAAAUUCAUCCUACACCCACUUAUAAUGCUCCAAGAGAAUCCGUAAGCUGGUACACAAGGGUGUUGAACUAUUGCCAUAGAAUAUUCUGUUGACAGGACUCUAGAUCAUGAACAUUUCUUCAAAACUGUAUUUAUUUCAAUUGUGAUUUUUUUUCUUAAACCUUUAAUAGAUUUAAUUCUUUCUUUUAAAUAUAAAUAACUGGACUUACGCACUAUUAUAGAUUUCUUAUACUGCCUAAAAACCUUAAUUUUAGUCAAAAUGUACCUUAUACCAACAUCUUGGAAAUUAAUAAUUAUUCAAAUUAAGAUGUGUUUUAAUUAUAAACCUCUGGCAUUGUUCUUUUUCCUUUAAGUGGGGAAUGCUAGAAUGAAUGAUUUUUGAAGACAGGCUGAGGAUCUUUUGAAAUUCCUUAUAUAUUUGAAUAAAAUCAAUUCUUGACAUUCACAGUAAGGUAUACCCUAUUGUUUGUGGAUCCCUUAUAUCAUCGCUGUAUUUAAUUUUUUAGAGAAAAAUGUGUAUGAGAUCAUGAUUAGAGAACUGAUGGUGGCUUAAACUGAGUGACUGGAUAAGUAACUAACUCUGAACCCCAAGCUCUAGAUGUAUAUUCUUCAAAGUGAUCAGCAAAAUCACAAAUUAUGUCAUGGACUUUGAGGAUAGUUCCUUAGUCAAAAACCUCAAAUGUUAAAUGUCUGAAUGCCAAAGUUUUUGUUGUAUUUUUGAUCAAUUAAUGAAAGGGAAUUAGUUCAGUUCUGAAAGUUCGAAGCAAUGCUUGCAUAUCUCUUUAAACUUUAAAGCACUGUAGGUUAUUCAGUUUUAAAGAGUAAUAAAGUUUGUGUAAGAUAGUGCAUGUGUUUUUCUUCUAUUCUUUAAAUAUCAAAGAGUAUGCAUCUGGUUGUCUUACUCUCUAGCCUUCACUGUUAUCAUCAAUCUUAGACAUUUCUGUACCCACACCUUGGUCUUGUCUAUUGUCACUGCCAUGAAACUCUUAGCCACCCCACCAUACUCAACCUAACACUUCUUUCUUUCAGCUUUUCAUUGCGGACUCUUCAGGUCCAUGAUCAACAAAUUCUAUUUUACCAGGGGACUUGUCCAAUCCUGACCUCAGAUUUUAACUGUGUAUCUUUCUGCAUUCUGUUAUCAAUCACACCCAAAUCCUAUUCAUCAGCCAAAAUUAUUUUAUUCCUGAUGGAAUCACUGAUUCAUGUCUCAUACUCUCCUGUCACAAUCUCUUAUUUUUCCGGUUUGUUUGUUCAACCACUCCCUUUCCACCUGUUCUUUAAAUUCAUAAAAACAAAACCCUCUAGAAUAGCUAGGUUUAAUUAAGAUUAAAUACAAUUUAAAAUUUCUCAGUCAUAGGAGCCACAAUUCAAAUGCUCAAUAGCCACAUAUGGCUAGCGGUUACCAUUUUGGGGUAAAUGCAGAUAUAGACUAUUUCCAUCACCACAGAAAGUUCUACUGGACAAUACUGCUCUAAGCCAGCAGAGGUCAAACUACAGCCAAUGGGCCAAAUACAGCCCUCUGUCUGCUUUUGCAUGGUCUGCAAGCUACAAUUGGUUUUUCAUGUUCCUAAAUGUUUGGGGGGAAAAUCUAACAAUUGGUAUCAAUUUUGAUGAUAGAAAACAUUAAAUUUGAACCACAGUAAAAUACUUACGUAGUAGCUUUGAUUUUUACUUUUGGCUUGCAAAGCCUAAUACUUAACUCUCAAGCCCUUUAUGGGAAAAGUUUGCCAACUCCUGCUCUAGACCAUUUACUGCCUUUAUUUUUACUUUAUAAAUCUUUCUCUUCUGACAUUUUCUGGGCUCACUUUGAUCUUUAUCUUCAUUUUCAAAAUAAUCAUUCUAAAUGUGAUGUUUUUGUACUUUUUUUCUGUAUUCUUGCUGUAGCGUUUAUCCAUAGACUAUUAAGAAUUGUUUUGUAUGUUAACAUUUAACGUGAAUGUUAUAUUGUAUGUCUUUUUGCCACUGACUUUUAAUGCAAUUGUUUUUGAGAUUUUUCCAUGUUGGCAGAUGUAGGCUAUUUUCUUUGUUGUACAGUAUUUUGUUAUGUAAAUAAAUCACUUAUUCUUUUGGGAGAUAAUUUGCUUCUACUUUUUCAUUAUUAUAAAUCAGUCCUUGUACACAUGU